AUGUGGCUGCACCUGCUCUGCUGUCUCAUGUUCACCCUCGAAGUCAUGAAUGCCCUGGGUGUCUCCAACGUCGCCAACAAUCGGCUGCCCGAAAGCCGCCAGAAGCUGGGCCACGUCCUGAUGAAAACCUCCCUGAUCAUCCAGGUCGUCGUGCUGCUGCUCUUCUGCGUCCUGACCGCCCUGUUCCAGCGUCGCUGCGCCCGGGGGAACAUCCGGUCAAAGAAGAUCUCCGUCCCGCUCGUGACCUUGUAUGCCAGUACGCUGCUGAUCAUGGUCCGCUGCAUCUAUCGCAUUAUCGAGCACUUUGGCAUCUCGUCCAUCGAUCGGUCGAAUGCCAGGCUGGAGGAUCUGAGUCCUAUCUUGCGACAUGAGUGGUUUUUCUACGUCUUCGAGGCAACGCUGAUGCUGGUUAAUACGCUCCUGUGGAAUGUCAGCCACCCGAGACGCUAUAUCCCCCAGCACUGCAACGUAUACCUGGCUCAGGAUGGAGUCACCGAGCUGGAGGGCCCCGGCUGGAAGGACAACCGACCGUUCGUGGUCACCCUGAUGGAUCCGUUCGGAUGGCUGGACUCGAAGAAAGGCGAGCCUCCGUUCUGGGAGACAAACGGAUAUGCCAAGAUCAAGAAUGAGCAAGUGUAG